UUUAAGAACUAAUUGUUUUUAUUGUGAUUUGUGUUCAUUGUAAUCGAUGUAAUCUUAAUAAAGGUCAUGGUUUUAUUAAAAAAGCAUUUUUACUGGUUGUAAAAAAAAAAAAACAUUCAUAACAUAAAAGUUAUGUAACUAUACAAAUUGGGUAAAGUUAAGCAUCAAAGGGUACCUCAUCAUUGAAUAAUUCACUAUUAUGGAUAUGUUAAAUAUGAAUUCAAUGACAAAUUGUUGCAUACAGUAACAAAAAAAAAAAAAUAAAUAUAAUUUCUCAAACACUGGAUUUACCCAAUGUUAAACAAUUGUAAAAUUUGGGUUGAUCAGAGUAAAAAUCAAAGUAUAAUAAAUAACUAUGUCAAUUAUGGCUUUCGAAAAAUAAAAUAUUCUACAAUUUGUUCCAACCAUUUUACAGAAAAUGAUUAUUGUACUUGGACAGAUAAAAAAAGAAUCCUGUAUAAAUGGUCUGUUCCUGGAAAAAUGUCUUUGAAAGAACUGGAAACAUCGCCUGCAUCUAAUGUGUAUAGUGAAAAACGUUUCAAUUCUAACAGUAGAUAAAGUACCAGGACGGAGUCCAAUAAAACCAGGAUUAAAUGCAAGCGUAAAUGAAAAUAUUUAUGUACAGACUCAUCAGGAGCUUGCAUCAAUAGAUAAUAAAGAUAACCAUAUUUCUAUCCAAACAGUGGAUAAACUGUCAGGAUGGAGGCCAAAAAUGGCAAGCAGUAAAUCUGAAAGCAAUAUGUGUAGAAUUCCAGCACAUAAACCUAGAUCUUUAAACUUUGGACAAUCACAAACUGAUUUUGAUAGUUUUCUUUCUUGUGGAAAUAAUGUUAAGCCAGAUUCAUCUAAGUUUUAUUCGGCCAUACGAAUGUGCAUAACACAACAACUUCUAGUUCAUCCUACAUCUGGAAAUUGUGAAAUAGAAGCUUGUGAGUUUUUGACCAAAUGCAAUAACUUAUUGAAGAAUAAACAAAAAUUUAAUAUGAAAUUAAAACAUUUGGAAAAUGAAUAUUCAUUAGCUAACGAAAUAGACUCCUCAUUUGAUGAUAAUUUGAGUGCCGUGAACAUUGCAUUCAUACAGUUGGAUUUGCAUGAAGAAAAUUCCAUAGCAUAUGUAGCUGGUUGGGCAUGUUCCAAACUAAAUCAUAUUGAAUGCCUUGAUAAAUUAGCUACAGAAGAUAAAAAUUAUAUUACUAAUGUUGUCGAAAAUACAUUUAUUUCUAUGAAACAAUAUGAUGAUUGUUAUUUACUCUAUCCAUUUAAAAUGAUUUUAUUUACUGACAUUCCUCCAAAUAUUUGGGGCAUCAGCUUCCGCAACAUUAACACGGACUACUAA